UUCCAAAGUUUCCAAACUUCCAACUGUCAUAGCUUGAGUUGAUGUUUCUAAAGUGUAACGUAAAUAAUUAUAAAAUAUCAAAAACAUACUGCAAAAGUUAUUCUUUUAAUCUUUCAUAAAUAAUGAGUACAUUUUGAUAUGGAGUUUCUAAUAUGGAUCUACACAGCAAAAUAUUUUGUCAAAACCUAUAUAUUUGAUUAAGAAUUUCGUUUCGCGCUUGUAUCAAGCAAAAUGGAUUUUCACUCAGAUAUUGUUGAAACUGUUACGCCAUGCCUAUCUUACGAAAAUAUGAACUAUUGGAAAACUGAAGAUAGUGGUUAUCAUACUCCGGGAUCAUUAGAAAACUCAGAAAUAUCAGGUGAAAAUUUCAAUCAUGCAAUCUUUAACGAUAAAUUAAGUUUCACAGGCCAGUUUCAAGUUGAUUGCUUAAAUCUUUCUAAAGACUUUAGUCCAAGAUUAAAGUAUAGUACUGAUUUAAUAAGAUCAAGUGAAAGUUAUAAUGAAUCCCCCCAAAACCGCAGAGGCAUUAAGCGGGCAUAUCAGGAAGAAACAGAGAACACAGAGACAAACCACAACUCUGUUCCAACUCCCACUAGUAUAUUAUCUGGUGGUUUGCGUAUGCUGAGGUGUAGUGAUAACCAUACAUUAAAUGUUAGUGUUUCUUCUGUAAAUUUAGGCCAUACAAACAUUUUAGAAGCAGAAUUACUCUCAUUAAAUGAUCACAUACAUCUUACAUACCCAACAACACCAGUAAAAAAAAUUUGCAGAAAUAGUUGUAAACUAAGUCCAUUCAAUGCAAGAAGACUAUGGAGAGACAGAGAUAAUUUUGUAAUACAUUCUCUUACUUGUGAAACCCGAGAAUUGCAACCAUUAACAAAAUCUCUUGGCACCAAUAACAAAGUAAAUGUGUUUCAAUUUAAACCUAAUGAGAAGUUUGAUAUGAUUAAGAUGUUAUACCAGUAUGCAAAUGUGAUGCCUGCAAUAAUGAAAAUAUUUCAAUACCUGUCACAUGAAGAUGUUCAUAAUUUCACUAUGGUCAGCCAACUGUGGCAAAAAGUUUGGGAAGAUGUUAGCAGGGUAAAAACAAUUAAAAGGGAAUAUGUACAUUUUCUAAGAAAUGCUAGGGAAAAUCAGGAAAAUAAAAUAUCUACACCAAAAAAUGGUUUUAAACAUCAAAUGAGGCCAUUAAUGGAGAUUCAUAAUAUUCAAUAUAACAACCAGCAAACCAGCUCCCAGAAAAGCCCUCCAGGAACACCCAGAACCAUCAAGUUUAAAAGAUAUGCUAAGGCAGCUGCAUUGGAUUCACGUAAACAGUUACCUUGCAUUAAGUGUCAACGACCUGCCAAAGUAACAGAAGAAAGCUCGGGAGAGGUGUGGGUUGAAUGCACAAGUAUUACCUGUUGUCACCAGUUUUGUAGGCUUUGCAUGGGAGAAAGACAUUCGGAUAAGAAAUGUGUUCAAUAUGACUUGGAUGGGCCAAGUCCAUCGAAAAGACAGAAAAACACAUAUUCCAUUGGUACAAAAAAAAGUAGAAAAAACUUAAAAAGACUCCUGUGCCCCUAAAAUUCUUAGAGAUCUAAUUUUUAUACCAGUGAUUCUAGUAAUAAAAUGUAAGCAUUUCAUAUCCAAAGAUAUGAUUUAAAAAAUCAUUGUGUGAGAGAUUACUAUGAUAUAAAUUUAUAGUAAUUGGGAAAAACUAUGGUCUGAUAAUGUGCCAUUUAUAAUAAAUAAUAUAUAGCAUUAAAAUUCAUUUUAUGCCUCAUCAAGCAAGUCACAAUAUCUGUAAAAACAGUAACUUUUGUAUUGUAAAUUAUUGUUUAGUACUGUCUGCUGUUACUUAAUAGUUACUUUAUUUUCUUUAUUUAUUUAUGAUUGUAACUAUAUUGUUUUAUAUAUUGAUAAUUAAAAUUCAAAAAUAUCACAACCUUUUCAUAGUGAAGUAUUUUUGGUAAAAUAAAUUUCAUAUUAGUAACAUGUUAAAAAUGAUUAAUGCAAAUAAUUACAUUAUAAAUAAAUAAUGUUUACUAUUGUAAAGUAACACUAAAAAAAAGAUAAAUGUCAAAAUUAUUUCUUUAGUAUAACAAUGAGUCUGAAAAUGCAUGAAAUUGCAUUGCUUAAGAAUAAAUUUUAUGUUUAUUGAUGGCACUCAAGUUAGAAUAAUGUUUCAGACUGAUAUCUUAUAGCAAUAAAUUGCUUAAAUUAGGUUGUCUGUGUUAUGAUUAGUAUGAAUGAGAGCUUAGUAUUUUAAUCUCGAAUUUUGGUUUUUCAUUUAUGUUUUUUUUUUUUAAUCUGAAAUUUACUAUAACUGAACCUUAUUAAUUAACAAUAAGAAUUGUUUAAAAUAAGUACAAAGAAUCAUCAACUGUGAUAUUAAAUAUAAUAUUUCAGUAAUUUCCAUACUUUUUGCAUAUUCAAAUAAUCUUUAGGUUUUUACAUUCUCAUAUGUAUUAGAUUGUUAUAAGAUCAUGAUACAGUUUUAAAUGUUUAACUUACUCAUAGUAACUAACAAUGGUACUACUAAGUGAGACAUCACAGCUAUUGCAUUUAUUAGAAUUUGUAAUAAAUAAGAAAUUUCUAAGUUUAAGUUAAUGUCUGAACUCAUCCAAACCAUAAAUGAAUAGAUUUAGUAAUUAUUUCGAUUUUAUCACAUCAUAUAAUUAAUAGUCAAGAUUAUUUCUUAAAUAAUUAGUAUACAAUAAAUUAAAUCUCGUUUUUAAACAAAGGUUAACAAAAAUUGACAAUACUCCUAAUUUCUUCUAGUCCUACAAUCUUAUCAAUGUAACUACAAAAUGAAUAAUUAUCAUUUUAAAAUUAUAAUUGUCAUUAAAAUUCCGCUUUGACACUAUAUAAGUAAAUGUUAUAAAUAUGAUUGGAAUCUUAAGAUAUUUUCGCCAAAUUUUAACAACUUUGGUAGACGUUGAAGCUUUAAGAACGGUAGCGCGGGAAACCAGCUUGGUUACUUAUAUUCAUCACGAUCAAAACCUGUUCUUGAAACGGCAAUACUUAACCAGCACAGCGAAAAUUAAAUCAUAUAAAUACAAUACCGUAAAAAAAAAACUUAUUAACCGAAAAUAAAAAGAAUAUCAAAAAACUUUCGGCAAUAUGACAUUUUAAAUCCGUUCAUAUCAUUCGCUACAUUUGUAAUUUUUUUUUUUAAACUCAAUUACUUUAUAUUUGCAAUGAAUAUAUGCUAACAUCUACCUAUACUUAUUAAUUAUGAAACAAUUAUAUGUUCCAUUGAACUAAUAAUUUCUUGAAACACAAAUAUAUAAAUUAAAUUGUUAAGGUGUUCAAGGCAAUGUUAUAAGGUAUUCAAAGACGCAAAAAACUUAAAAAGUAACAGCCUCACAUUAUCUCAGUUCUUAUUUCAUAAUCAUACAUACGAAACCGGUUCGAUUGCAUGAUUCUCAUUGUAAAUUUAUAAUGAUAUAUUUUUUAAGUGUUUUAGUUUUAAAUAAAUACAAGUAGUUUUAAUGUUUUUAAUUGUAAUUAUUUUAAGUAGAUGUAGUUAUUUAGUAAUAUUUUUGAUGGAGGGGAUUAUGUCCAGGCAAGAUUUUU